AUAAGAUUUUAGAAAAUGACGUUGAACAGAUUUAUGCACCCUGAAAAUCCAUUUCGAGUAGCUCCAGACUUCAAAGCACUUGCACUGAAGUAUCCAGAGUUUAUGAAACAUGUUUCCCAAGAUGUUGUUGGCAAAAUACAUUUGGAUUUCAAGAACCCUGACGCACUGCGUGAACUCAGUAAAACCCUGCUACUAGACUCAUUUUCACUUAGGGUUGAUAUUCCUGCUGGAUGUUUAAUUCCAACAAUUCCUUCACGGCUUAAUUAUCUGCUCUGGAUUAAGGAUCUGAUUAAGGUUUUACCUCCUGCGGAGAAGAUAACAGGCAUCGAUAUAGGUACUGGUGCAUGCGCAGUUUAUCCCUUGCUUGGUGCGCGGGAGUUAGGUUGGAGUAUUCUGGGAACUGAGUCUGAUGCCCAGAAUAUAAGUUCAGCUCGUCUCAACGUUGAACAAAAUAAUCUUCAGGAGAUGGUCGAAUUAGUUAAGGUGGAAAACAACAUGAUCUUAAACCAGGAAAUUCUAAACCACAGAUAUUUUACAUUCUCUAUGUGCAAUCCACCCUUCUUUAACAGAGAGGAUGUUGGCGAGGCUCCUGGUAAAGAUUGCGAAGUGAAGACCCAGGGUGGCGAGGUCAAUUUUAUAUUCAAUAUGGCAGAACAGAGCUCGAGACUGAAAACUCAAGUUCAAAUAUUCACCACACUACUAGGACAUAAGUCUAGUUUAGCGCCUGUUAAGAAGUACCUGAAAAAUAUUGGAGUCAAAUCUAUCUCAACCACAGAAUUCUGCCAGGGUCGGACAAUGAGAUGGGGGGUUGCGUGGACAUUUUUAGAUUUGGAUCUUACACAGGUCAUCAGCAUCAAGGCCAAGAAGGGUAAAGAGAAACCUUUUAGUUGGAGUUUACCCAGUGAAACAGUUAAUACACUUAGUCUGCUUCAAACCUUUAAAACAUACCUUACUCAAAUACAAGUUGACAUAGAAUUAAAGAAGGAGACAAAGCAUUUUUGCUCUGCCAGAUUGUCGUCAAAACAAACGCUGUGGAGAAAUCAACGUCAGCAGCGAAGAAAACGUAGACUAGAGGAACCUGCAGAAACCGCGCCAGUUUCUCAAAAAGGCGCCAAAUUCUCUGAAAUCCUUGAAAAUACUGGAAACGGUGAUUCUAGUGUUGAACAAUGUCUGUUAGAUGAGUUGCUGUGGAAGAACAGUGGUAGCUGUUUAAAUUCAAAGGAAAUUGGCUCAGCUUUGAAGGACAAAGCCAAAAUUAACGGUCAUGUUCACAACAAUUCAGACAUUCUCACGUCUCACGAUUCAAAUGGUAAAUCAAAUGCUUUUCCACCAUUGGUAAAAACUGACGCAAGUUUUGUUCAAAAGAACCAAAAAUCAGAUGUAGAGGACGAUAGAUUGAAUGAAGGUUCUGCUGAACCGAAAUAUGUAGGUGGAACUGAACCGAAAGAUAAAGGUGGAAGUGAACCGAACCACGAAGGUGGACGUGAAUCAGGGGAAACGGUGUUGGAGUGUGAUCUUGUGAUAAGAUUGUCCGGUGCUGUUGUUCAGGUGGAGGUUGCGUACAAGGCUGGUCAGGCGGGCAGGGAUGCUGCUCAUCAACUUCUUCAGUUUCUCAAGAACAAAUACAAUAAUCCAUCUUGAUUUAUUUAUUAUGUUUUACAUUUGUUUUAUUUUAUUUUCAGAAA